GGGGGGAAACACACCGAGGGAGUGGAGGAAACACGGGGACACGGCUACUGACCCAUCCCGGCGCAUCACGGGAGAAGCGGCGAGAGAAAGGAGGAGAAGAAGGAGAGAUAAUUCUGCUCGACCUGAUGGACUGAGAGGACAGAUGAAUGAAGACUGCCUACACUAACGCCUAUAGAUGCCUGGCCAAGGACCUGGACGCUUACGCCAUGAACACGGACAUGACAAUGGACGGCAUCGGCAGCCUGCAUGGCGGGGUGGCGGUGAGCUCCGUGGCCCCUGAUGCGGAGCUGAUGAGCGGCCACAGCCCGCACCACGGCCGCGGAGGCUCGUCGGGACCCGGAGCGGCGGCUGCGGCUGCGGCGGCGUCCACCCUGCGGAUACACCAGGACCUGGCUGCCGCCGCCGCCGCGUCCUCCCGCUCGGCCAUGGUGUCCGGCAUGGCCACGAUUCUUGACGGCAGCGGGGAGUACCGGCCGGAGCUGUCCCUGCCGCUGCACCACGCCAUGAGCGUUCCCUGCGACACCUCCUCUCCCGGGAUGGGGAUGAGCGGCACCUACACCACGCUCACCCCGCUGCAGCCGCUGCCCCCCAUCUCCACCGUGUCCGACAAGUUCCACCACCACCAUCACCACCACCACCACCACCAGCGGCUCUCCGGGAACGUGAGCGGGAGCUUCACCCUGAUGCGCGACGAGCGGGGACUGCCGGGGAUGAACAACAUUUACAGCCCCUACCACAAGGACCACAUGUCCGGGAUGGGUCAGAACCUCUCCCCGGUGCUGGGCAACGGCCUUGGCUCCAUCCACAACACCCAACAGGGUCUCCACAAUUACGGCACCACGACGCACGGGAGCCACGACAAGAUGCUGAACUUCGACCACACAGCCUCUAUGCUGGCCAGAGGGGACCACCACCACCAGCACCGAGGCCUCGGCGCUCCGGCUGGCGGGAUGAUGCCGCACCUGAACGGAAUGCACCACCCGGGACACCCGGUCGUUUCCUCGGCGGGCCACCACCCCCACUCUCACCCCCACCUCCAGUCUCCAUCCCACGGGCCCGUGUUGGCUUCUACCCGGGAAAGAACGCCCUCCUCCUCGGGGACGCAGGGGGGGAACAGCUCGGGACAGCUGGAAGAAAUCAACACUAAGGAGGUUGCGCAGAGGAUCACGGCGGAGCUCAAGAGGUACAGCAUCCCCCAGGCCAUCUUCGCCCAGAGGGUGCUGUGCCGCUCCCAGGGGACCCUGUCGGACCUGCUGAGGAACCCCAAACCCUGGAGUAAACUAAAGUCAGGCCGGGAGACCUUCAGGAGGAUGUGGAAGUGGCUGCAGGAGCCCGAGUUUCAGAGAAUGUCCGCGCUCAGACUGGCAGCGUGCAAGAGAAAGGAGCAGGACACGUCGAAGGACCGCAACAAUACGCCAAAGAAGUCGCGGCUGGUCUUUACCGACUUGCAGCGGCGCACCCUGCUGGCCAUCUUCAAGGAGAACAAGCGGCCGUCCAAAGAGAUGCAGCUCACUAUCUCGCAGCAGCUGGGCCUCGAACUCACCACCGUUAGCAACUUCUUCAUGAACGCCCGCCGCCGGAGCCUGGACAAAUGGACAGACGACGGAGCCAGCCCUGGCGGCCAAUCUUCAGCGUCAAGCACUUGUACCAAAGCGUGA